AGGGGGAGCAAGAGAGCGCGAGGGAGUGAGUGAGUGAGCGAGCGAGAGAGAAAAGGAACGGGAGCGCGCACUCGCGCAGUAAACGACAGAUAACGCGUGAAGGGAACGUAAGCCGUCACUGUCCUGAUCCGGAUCCCAUUAAAGGAUGUAUCGACCGUUGCGGUACAGUGUGUGUGGAGAUUGACAUUUCUCCAAGGGCUUUGUGCGUUUAUUAUCACUGCGACUGCUUCAUCCAGACCCCCGCCCCGCCCCUCGAUCGUUUCCUGACGCCCGUCGCCACGGCAACCAUGGACUGCGGAUUGCGUUUGCCGCCCGUCAUUGAGGAGGUCCUGGAUGCUGCAGAUGUGAGGAGUGACUCUUCAGAAGCUUCCAGAAGAGCUGACGAUGAUGUGUGCGACCUGAAAGCAGAACGGCCAGGCAUAGGCGUUGAGAUGACAGCCAAAGUGCGGGGGUCACUGGAGGAGAACGAUGAGAGAGAUCAAGGGAUAGAGGUGGGAAACGGAGAGAAGGGGCAAGAGGAUGAGCGAGAGAAGAAUGAAGCCAUGGAGGAGAAGGUGGAGGAGACCGAGGAACCGAGAGGAACCGAUGAUGAAGAUGAGCUGGAGGUUCUGAGAUCUCAGAUGGUGCAGCUGUUGCUGGAGUUGGAGGAAACCAGAGAGGUGUCACAACGACACGAGGAGAGCUACAAUGAGCUUCAAGGUCUUUUGGAAGAAGAGCGUCUGGCCAGCGCCCAUCAGGCCGAAAGCUUUACGAGACAGAUCCAAAGACUUCAAGCCCAGCUGCGUUCGGUGCAGGAGGAGCUGGACAGCCUGGAGGAGGAGAAGGUAUGCGAGCUGUUGGAGGCGCAGAACGAGCUGCGUAUAGCGCAGGAGGAGGUGCAGGAGCUGCAGCUGGCGGCUGAGGAGGCGGCCGCCGAACGGGAAAAUGAUAUCGCUCUGCUGCAGGAGGAGCUGUGCCGUGUGCGCGCCGAGCUGGAGCGUCUGCGCGGCACCACGCAGGAGUACGAGCUGGAGUUGACCACAUUGCGGGCCGAGAUCAGCAUGAAGAGCCAGUGCCAAGAGGAGCGGGAGAAAGCCGGAGGAGACGGUGACGUGGACCAGCUGAUAGAGGAGUGUCGCUCUUUGAAGAACGAGUGCCAGACGCUGAAAAAUGGCAACAAGCACCUCUCUGAGAAACUGGAGAUGUUGGAGCAACAGAGAGCCAGCUCCACCGACUCGUACCUGAGCUUAACAACAGAGCCGAACGAUGGAGAAAGUAACUCAGAAAUGGACAAGGAAGUGAAGACAGAUUUUGUGAGCACAUUAGGGGUUGACCAGAAGUGGGUGGACGCUUAUACCCAGAAGAACAUUUCGUUUGAGGGUAAACCGGUCACCCCGACGAGCACGAGCGGAGGGUUUGCUGAAAUCUUCUCCCUCAGAGAUCAACUAAAGCAGGCUGAAGAGAAGGCCUCACGGGUUCAGAGAGAGUGUGAUGGACUAAAAGGAGAGCUCCAGGAACUUCAGGGGCUCUAUGAGAGCAGCCAACGGGAGAGGGCGGAGCUAGAGGCGGAGCUACAUCGCUGCAGGGCGGAGCUAGAGCGUCUGGCUGGAAGGAAGGCUCAGAGCUCCACUCCUUCGUCUGAGUCCCCUAUUCUCUCCAUACCCUUCAUAGGAAUGGUUGUAAUAAUGGGCCUGAUAUGGUGCUGCUGGAUGGAGCUCUUGUCCUAAAGGGGGAAGGAGGGAGACUGGAACCUGGUGAUGGUUGUUGCCAUGGCAGCAGCAGCAGUUCUACUCAUUCCCAGUUUGACCAGAGCCUUGGCCUGAGUGCUGGACAGGAAGUGACCUCAUUCCUCAACCAUCAGCUCUUCCCAUGGUACACAAUUCAAUCCAAUGGGAUUUGAAACCAUCAUGCACCUGUGUCACAUGGCUACCAAAUUUCGUUGUGCAUCGUAAUGCUGGUUGUUUGCUGUUUCAACUGCUCGCUUUGCUUUCGUCAAUCAUAUGCGUUUCGACUAGCCGUGCUACGAACACUGAUGUCGUGGGUAUUUAAAUGGUUACCAUGGAGAUGAACUCCUAAGAGAAGCUGAUUGGUCCCAACUUCAUGUUUUCUUCUUUCUUUCCUUACUGGACAGCUGACCAUUCACAGGUCCUCCAGAAACUCUUUGCCUUAUUGUUGUUUUUUGGAAAAUAACGUUUGCACAUUUUAACCUUUUUGUCUAUGAACAAAAGAUUACAGUUCUUCAUCAACAGCGCUUCGGAUGAAGUGAAUUGCUUUACUUUUAUUUAGGUAGCAUGCAGUACUUAUUUAAUCUUCCUGGAUCUUCCUCGGCAUUCUUAAUAGUUUGUAUUUAAGUCACAAUUACUGUCAUUUGUGUUUAGGUUGAAAAACCAACUUCUUUCAUUUCUUUACUAGCAUGUUCUACUUUGGUUUCAAACUAAAUUGUAGGAGAUUUCUAUAUGCGAUCAAAUGAGUGUACUUUGUGUUGUUUUAAGUAAAAAAACGCACUUGAUUUUGGUGUUGAACAAAAGUUUAAAGAAUUCAGGGAGGUAAGGUAAGUUAAAGGGAUAGUUCACCAAAAAAAAAUUAUUUUGUCAUAAUUUGCUCACCCUUAAAACCUGUAUGCAGUUUUUUGUUCUGCUGAACACAAAUGAAGAGUGUUAAUACCGCAUUUUUGGGACUAUAAGCCGCAUCGGAGUAUAAGUCGCAUCAUUCAAAAAUGCGUCAGUAAGACUAAAUAUCAUAUAUAAGUCACAGUGCACUAUAUGUCGCGUUUAUUUAGAAAAUUAUUUCACAAAAUCCAAGCCAAAGAACAGACAUUUAAGGACGGUUGAAUAGGCUAAAUUAGAACCGAAUAAGCCAACUAGCGUGAAGUUCGCAUACUCGUUAUUCCGCAUCACUGAAUCCAUUAAAUUACAUAAAUACAGGAGUAGCAUAUAGCAGACUCUUGCGGCUGUAGUUUAUUGCCUCAUGAAUGUCAAAAUUAAUUCAUACUGACUUACAAGGCGUACCUGACUAUAAGACGCAGAAAAAACGUGGCUUAUAGUCCGAAAAAUACGAUAACCAAAGAGAUAUGGGGUACCAUUCACUUCCAUAGUAUUGUUCUAUAGAAAUCAAUGGUGCCCUAGAUUUAUUUUGAUACAAAAUAUCUUCCUUUGUAUUCAACAGAACAAUACAGGUUUGAAACAAAAUUUUUGGUGAACUAUCCCUUUAAAUGAUCCAGCAGGUAAACACGCUCUUCACUUUCACUUGAUCUUGACUUGUUUUAAACCUACACAAAUAUUUUUGUAUUUUAAUUGUUUAUUCCAAGACAUGAAAUGUAUAGUUUGAUUUUGUGCGUAUAGAUUGAUACACGAUGUUAAAAAGAGCGGUAAAUAUUUUUAUACGACGGUCGACUAAUGCAUACACUAAAAUCACACUAAAGUAGCUCUGAAACCAACGUAUCAUAAAACUAGCACAGAUGAUACUCGAGGUUAUUUGAAGUGACAACACAUUUAUCUUGAUGAUCUACUGAUGCAAAUUAAUUAUCUUCAGACGUUACAGAAAGUGUAAAACAGUGGUUCUCAACUGGUAAGUCAUGGGCCAAAAGUGGGUCAUAGCUGGGAUGCUAAUGCAAAUAAUCAAGCGAAAAUCUCUAAUAAAUAUUAGCCUGAUUUAUCUCACGUUUGCUGUUGCUAAGCAUCUAAUUUUUAAUUCAGUCUAUCAUGUUAAACAUUUUGCAUGUUGUUGGGUCCAUAUGCAGUUAAUGCUAAAAUUAAUGUUGAUAUAAAACCAUCUGAGAACCACUGUUAUAAAUCCUUUAUAGACAACUUUCCUGAGACGUGCAUCUUUGCUUACAAUGCAACUCAAAUCUGUAGCAAACUUGAUAAUAUGACAGCUAUAAGUAGAAACCUACCUACAUUCUUUCACCAAACAAUGUUAUGAUGAUAAAAAUUAUUAUGUAUCCUUAACUAAAGAGGUUUAAAGAGACAUAUGUAGCUUUUUAUGUCAAAGGUCUGUGUAAUUUACAGACUGUGAUUGUGUUGAUUCUGAUAUGAAAAUGUAUAUUAACUUCAUGGAUUUACUUUCCACCAAGGGUUCUGGUAAAUUAAUCUUGAGGUACUAGAAAAAAAUCUAUUAUGUUAUUACUUAAAAUAUCUAUUAAUAGGAAUGCACCGAUGUAUCGGCCUAUAAUCGGUAUCGGCAAAUAAAAGCAAGUAUGGCAGAAAUCGGUCGAUUGUUUAAAAUCACUCGAUGAUCAGGAUUUCACAACAUAAUUUGUUUAAACAUGUAAACUAUCGGUGUCUAUGUCAUUCAAAGUAAUGGAAUAUCGGUAUCGGCACCGAUACAUUGCUAUCUAUUACUGUAUAAUCUUGAUCUUUUUAAGGUAUUCAACAACACAACGUAGACAAUUUUUGACAAAUCUCAGUAGAAAUCCUCUCUUCUAUACGAUUGACUACCGUAGCAUCGUGGCAGUGAAUUGGUGCAUCUCUAUGUAGUGUGGAUUUAAAAUGUAUAAAAUCCUCUCAGUGUUUGGGUUUAUCUGCCGUAUCUAAAGUCUGUGCUGUUUUUACAAUCCUAACAAUAGAUUCAGAACUCAAUGGUAGCACAACUGAAUGUUUAAUGUAUCAAUGCUUAUCAAAUACUUUCUAUGAGGCAGUGCAUGUCGCACCGUGACUUCUUUGUCUUUAAAAUAAAAAUGUGGUUUUGCUUCUGCACUGUAUUACAAGAUUUGUUCCUGUUCUGAUUGAAAUGUUGCUUUAUCACUUUGACGAAGUAACGUUUUACUGAAAUUGUUUUAAGAAGCAUACUGUAUUUUAUUUUGGGUCAAGAUCUUCCACCCCACACUUGUACAUGAUGUAAUAUUUACAGAUUGCAUUUUCGCAUGUCCAUCUGCAUGCAGGCCGAUAGAAACCAGUGUUAGAUUUUAGCUCCCGUGACAAUUGUGGAAAAGACUUCCGACUCUGCACCUCACCCGAAUUGUUGUCAAUAUUCCAGUUUGUUCAUUUGCAGUUUUUGAAACUUGUUUUGUGUUUAAGAUCUUUGUAGUCCAAUGUUGUUUGUGUUUUAUUUGUUUUUAUUAUUGAAAAUGGAUGAAACCAAUAUACAAACAGACAAUACACACACUGUAAAAAAAUGCAGCAUGAAAUUAAAACAACCUGGUUUUGCAAGUCAAUUCAACCUACUAUUUUAAGUUGACAUAACAUAUUAAACAAGUUAAAAUUGUUUUUACUUCAUUUGUUAAGUUAAAGUAACAUUUAAAAAUGUAUCAAAAUUGUGAUUUUUUUACAGUGCACACUGUAAAUAAUUCUUUGUUGUUUAAUAAACUUACAUUUACAAUUCAUUUAAACUUUCUUGUCUUGUGAAGUGGUAUAAAUGAACAAAUAAAGUUGCAUAAUUAAGUUAUUUUAACUUUAUUUUUAAAAUGUAUAGCAACGCCUCACAAAAUUAUGAAAUUAAUUGUAAUUUUAAAUUGAUUAAACGUAAAAACUUAAGUGCGACAAAGAAUGCAGCAUGAAGUUAAAACAACUUGGAUUUGCAAGUCAAUUCAACCUACUAUUUUAAGUUGACAUAGCUUAUAAAAACAAGUUGAACUUGAUUAAAUUAAUUUAACAAAAAUGUUGCACACUGUAAAGUUUAAGUUUAAUCAAUUUACAAAUUCAUUUUAACUUUCUUGUCUUGUAAGGAAAUGCUGUACAUUAUAAAAUAAAGUUGCAUUAUUUUAAGUUAUACAUUUUUAUAAUUUAUAGCAACUCCUCAAAAGUUUAAAUUAUUGUAAUUUUAGAUUGAUUAAACUUAAAUAUAUUUUUAAGUGCACACAAGUUUAAACUUGGUUUUGUGUCAAUUCAAUCUACUAUUCCUUUGGCCUGUGAUAAGUUGAUAUAACUUUUAAAAACAAGUUGAAAUGAUUUUUACUUCAUUUGUUAAGUUAAAGUAACAUAAAAUAUUGACGUAACAAAAUUAUGCAUUUUGCACACCUUAAACAUUUCCUUGUUGCACUAUUGUUUAAAUUUUUGAGUUUAAUCAAUUUAAAUGUACAAUUUAUUUCAACAUUCUUGUAUUGUGAGGUGAUGCUAUAAAUGAUCAAAUAAAGUUGCUUUAUUUUUAUAAUUUAACUUAAUUUUGAUCAUUUAUAGCACAUUUCUCAAAAAUGUGAAAUUAAUUGUAAUUUUAAAUUGAUUAAACUUAAAGAUUUAAGUGCAACAAAGAAUGCAGCAAGUUAAAACAACAAUCAAUUCAACCUAUUAUUUUAAGUUGACAUAACUUAUAAAACAAGUUUAAAUUAUUCAAAUUUAACAAAAAUGCUGCAUUUUUUACAUUGCAAAAAUUAAGUUUAAUCAAUUUUAAAAACAAGUUGAAAUUGUUUAAUUUGUUAAGUUAAAGUAACAUAACAUAUAUGUUGAGUUGACAAAAAUGUUGCUUUUUUACAUUAUAUUAUCAGUUUAUCAUGAGCGUGGUAAAAUAUUUGAACCAGUCAGACCUUCUUCAAAUGAUGAUAUUAUCAGAUUUAUCAAUGCUAUGAGGUAUCAGUAAAGAAUCCUGAAUGUUAUUUAAUUUAUAUACUUUUCACACCUGUCCAGUGUCCAAUCUUCUGUUUCCUGAUUCAUGUCAUGUUUUGAGAUGGCUUCUUUUAAAGGUCUGUGAGAUUUGUAAAGAGUAAAUGUAUGGGAAGUGUUGGUGUGGCACUGCUGCUGUUUGUGCUUGUGUAAUAGUAACCGUACUGUACAGUGUCUUUGACAUGUUUAUAUGUUGUCCUGCCUUAACAGGCAUUUAUGUAACAGAAAAAAAUACAAUUUUGAGUAUUUUGGUAAUUAUGUAUAUUUUGUACAGUAAAUGAACGGGCAAAAUAAAGUAGUUUAUCCACAGCA